GUGGGGGCUGCGGGCGCCUCCACCCGGCCAGAUCCGCCGCCAGCCGCCGGCUCACUGACGCCGCGGGCCCGCCCUCCCCUGCUCCCCUCUGCGCCACGCCACCCGUGUGCGGGCAAGUCACCUCGCCUCACCACCGCGGAGGAGCUGGGGGUUAGCGGGCCGCGGGAUAAAUAGAGGACCGGGCACCCCGGCCGGCGGCGACAACCGCACCGCACCGCGCCCACACACGCCACGCAGCGCCUCGGUACCAUCGCGUUCCUGCUCGUAGCUUCGUGUCCCGUCCCACCCCCGGCGGCCCGCAGGAUCCGUCCGGCUGCGGUGAUUUGAUUUGAUUUGUGAUUUCGGUUCGUGCGGCGGCGAUGGGGAUGCUGUCGCGGCCGGAGGAGGUGCCGGCGCUGCUCAGGCUCAAGCUGGCGGCGGGGCGGAUCAGGCGCCAGAUCCCGCCGCAGGAGCACUGGGCCUUCGCCUACGACAUGCUGCAGCGGGUCUCCCGCAGCUUCGCGCUCGUCAUCCAGCAGCUAGGCCCCGAGCUCCGCAAUGCCGUCUGCGUCUUCUACCUCGUGCUCCGGGCCCUGGACACCGUCGAGGACGACACCGCCAUCCCUAACGAGGUCAAGCUGCCCAUCCUUCGGGACUUCUACCGCCACAUCUACAACCCGGACUGGCUCUUUUCAUGUGGAGCAAACGACUACAGAGUGCUCAUGGAUAAUUUUAGGCAAGUCUCCACGGCUUUCCUGGAGCUAGGCGAAGGAUACCAAAAGGCUAUUGAAGAAAUCACUAGGCGAAUGGGAGAAGGAAUGGCUAAAUUUAUAUGCACGGAGGUUGAAACCAUUGAUGACUAUGAUGAGUACUGCCACUAUGUAGCAGGGCUAGUAGGCUAUGGACUUUCUAGGCUCUUUCAUGCUACUGGCACAGAAGAUCUGGCUCCGGAUCAUCUUUCAAAUUCAAUGGGUUUAUUUCUACAGAAAACCAAUAUAAUAAGGGAUUAUUUGGAGGACAUAAAUGAGAUACCAAGGUGCCGUAUGUUCUGGCCUCGGGAAAUAUGGAGUAAAUAUGUCGAUAAACUUGAGGAUUUAAAAUAUGAGGAAAAUUCAGAAAAGGCCGUGCAGUGCUUGAAUGAUAUGGUGACCAAUGCUUUGAUCCAUGCCCAAGAUUGCCUUCAAUACAUGUCAGCAUUGAAGGACAACUCCAAUUUUCGAUUUUGUGCAAUACCUCAGAUAAUGGCAAUUGGGACAUGUGCUAUUUGCUACAAUAAUGUGAAAGUCUUUAGAGGAGUUGUUAAGAUGAGGCGUGGGCUCACUGCACGGGUGAUUGAUGAGACAAAAUCGAUAUCUGAUGUCUAUUCUGCUUUCUAUGAGUUCUCUUCAUUGCUAGAGUCGAAGAUUGAUGAUAACGACCCAAAUGCUGCGCUGACACGGAGGCGUGUGGAUGCAAUAAAGAAAACUUGCAAGUCAUCCGGCCUGCUGAAGAGAAGGGGUUACGAUCUGGAGAAAUCAAAGUACAGAAUGCCUAUGCUGGUGAGUAGUAAUAUAUAUAAGCUGAUUAAUACUGCAAGUUCUCUGUUGUAUAUUUUUCUCAAGCCGCUUUACGUGUCAUCCUCAGAUCAUGAUCAUGCUUCUGUUGGUGGCUAUUAUCUUGGGUGUACUGUAUGGCAAGUGAUCCGGUCAAGAUGGUCCUCUUAUGUUCUUAGUGGCACCGCCUCCCCUAUGUGGUUUUGCACGUGUACUUCCUGACUGCAGAUGGAUGGCUGGUUUGCAUGUAGUAUUGUGCUAUGUACCCUGCUGGUGCCAUGCAUGCUAGUUCUUUUUGUUCUUUGUUUCUGUCGUCCCGUAUGUUGUUUCAGCUUGUAAUUUGUUUGAAUCUAGGAGAGACUUCCUUAGUGACAUGUAUCCUAUGAAUUUGGCGUGGCGCCUUGGUUGUCAAUGAUUCUACAUUUUGUUUA